AUGCAAUUACUGCGAAAGUAUAUCGAGAAGCUUAGCGUACCAGCUGAUACGGUGAACUUGGUUAAUUCAACGGAAGUUUCUGUCAACCAUUUGCUGGACAACUACUUUGUGAUCCCAAACGAGGUUUCGAUCGAGCACCCCGUUCUUCGACGUGAUUGCAAACAUAAGGAAAUAAUAGACUGCUUAGUCUGGCAUUUAAUAGAGAACAAACUAUUCAAUAAUUUACUGACAUAUGGUUACUCAGUGAAUAGCACUGAAAAUGCGACAUACACUCCACAUAGUGUUUCAACUAACAUACAUGUAACACGACUUAAAGGCAGUUCUUGGGAGUUGUUACAUUUAAAACUGGGAACAACUAAUUUUGUGGAACUACUUCUUAAUCGCACCAUCCUUGAAUACAAAAAUGGUUACUUCGAACAGGUGGUUGGGAAUAUGAAUAAUAUGCCGCAUCUACCACCCAAAUGGUAUACCGAUAAAAAUGCAUUUGUAGAUUACACUGAUAGCAACAUAACAAACAAAACUUUUAUUCAUAAGGUCUUCAAAGUUUAUUGCCUUGCCGGUCCCAACAAAUUGAGUUCAGAAAUUGCUGUUCUUGAGGAUAUCCUUUCAAGUGACAAACAUGAUAUCGGACGUAAGUCCAGAAACUUAGCGUGGCAUAACUGUAUUGUAGUGUUGAAAAGGAAAUGCAGAAACAAUCUCAACUUCGAUCAUCUAUUAGAUAAAAUAUGUGGUCUCGAAACAUCUAUUAAGGGUCAAAAUCAUUUGGACAGGCAGAUAUCUGUUACGGCCGUUAAUAAAUUUGUUCUAUUAAUCCUAGAGAAACUAAUACCACAGGAUAUGUAUGGAUCAAGGAAGAAUAAGUCGUUAUUCUUUUCACAUGUUUCUGAAAUGUUGAGAUUGCCGAUUAAUGGUAAGAUACUUAUUGAGGAUAUCUUAAGGAAAAUAGAACUUAAGAGAUGUACCUGGCUUGGCUAUCCAUCUGUUUCCAAUUCGAGGGAGCAGUUUUUGAAAUCAUCUGAACUUAUGGAAAAAUUUCUGAAUUGGUACUUUAAGAUCCUCGUACCUAAUAUAUUGAUAUAUUUUUUUUAUUGUACAGAAGUAUCUUCAGGUAUCGAAAUAAUAUACUUUAAGAGAUCUACCUGGAAGUCGAUGGUUACCCCAUUUAAAGAUAAUUAUUUUUCCAAAUUUCUGGUGGAGAAUCUUAUUUGUAGAAAUCAUGCCAGUUAUACCCUAUCUGAAUUCAAUCAUAGUAGAUUGAGAAUCAUCCCAAAAAAGGCUUCUGGUCAGUUUAGAAUGAUAUGUGUGCCAAAUAAAGGUGUAGACGAAAUUGAAAAUAGAAUAUAUAACGCAAACAAACGGGAUGUGAUCUCACCGGUCCAGUCGAUAUUAAAUCACACGCGACUGAGACGAACCACACCUUUUUCCAAGAUAUUUUCAACUAUGCAGAUUGCAGAUACCUUGGAAAUAUUUAAAACAAGGCUGUUAAAAAAAUAUGGAACCUUACCGGAUCUAUAUUUUAUGAAAUUUGAUAUUGAAUCGUGCUACGACUCCAUCCCAAGACGGAAAUUAUUGGAUGUCGUGAAACUAUUACUUGAUAAAGAAGAGGGGUUCUUUGUAAGAAGUAAAGGUAGGUUAAAUCCACUUUCUGGAGUUUUCUCGACCUACGAGGUAGUUAAUGGUAUAGAUUACAGAGGCACCAAUAGCAUUGCUCUUGAUAAGGGACGAGCUAAGUAUUUAUCAUCGCAAGAUGUUAUUAGAGUUGUUGAGGAUGAAAUUUUUAAAACAGUUGUAUGGGUAGGUAAUAAAUGCUAUCUUAGGAAGGAAGGACUUUUCCAAGGUUCAAGUCUAUCUGGACUACUUGUAGAUAUAUUGUAUGAUGACAUGCUGCUCCAUUACAGUGAAUUUUAUCCGAUCGAAAAUGAAGAAACACUUACACUACGAUUAGCUGACGAUUUUUUGAUUAUCUCAACAUGUGGCACACAAAUUGAAUCUAUAAAGCAAUUAGCCUUUGAUGGAUUUGAAGAAUAUAAUGCUAAAGUCAAUGUUGAUAAAAUCAUUAUUGAGAAUUCACAGCUUUCUCCAAAUAAGAAAAUUCAAUUCUGUGCCUUAGAUAUCUCUAUCAAGAAACUGGAAAUAUGGAAACAUAAUGACUCACUGAAUAUUUCUAGAAUAUCUUCGUUGUCUUCUAAAGUUUUGUUUAACCAGCUGGAAUGGUUUUUUAAUCUAAGACUUCAACAUAACACAAUAAACAUUAAUUUGAAUUCAUUUGACGUAAUUAUAGAUCAGGUCGGAUAUAUUGCGACCAACAUAUCUGAAGUAAUGGUUAGUGCAUUUCGAAAUAGAAAUUUGAACUUUAGUUCAUUUAUAAAGUACUUAAAUCGUAUCUUCGGCUUAGUCAUUGAACGCUGUUCUAGUUCGUCUGAUAAGCUGCGGGUGGAUCUUGAAGUGCGUCUUAAAGAGAAAAUUUUAGAUAAGUUUCUGGUAACUUUUUUGAAAUAUCCUUCUCAAUUCGAGGUUAUUAUUCAAUACCUCAAAAAUGAAGCCAAAAAAUAUAGAUAUAUAAGACGUUUAUGUAUAUAA